AUGUUAUAUGUGCUCACCAUUGUUCAACUCAUUUGCACUACAACGUCAAAGCAGAGACCAGAACGGUUCAUUAAAUUCAGAACACUUUACAGAACAAGACGAUUUAAUAAACUAGAACCUUGCAAACACAACUUUUGUUUUCUCACAUCCAUUGCUCUGAACAGCCCCUUAUUAUUUUACUCCAUAAAGCGCACAUUUCCCAUCCACCAAUGUGAAUCACCUCCCAUCGUCCCCUUUUUUGGCAAUGUAAAACUCUUGCAAUCCCGCUUACGAACAAUACGAAUUGCUGUUAUUUCUAAAUGGGUUGAUGGCUCCACUCCAUUCAAGUUCGGGAUUUUAAGUGUAAAAAAUCGUUGGAUGAUGGAAGAAGCUAAUGAAGGUUAA